AUGAUUGCUGUCACAUCCGUUUGGACAAAAUUCCGACGAGGUCUGCCUAUUUACUCUUGGCCCCUCCUCGCCGCCACAAUGAUUUUCGUUGAUUGGAAUCACACUCGAGAAUGGAAAGCAGCUGGAAGAGUUUCUGCUCUGGAAAAGGAGAUUCUAGCAAAGCAAUAA